AUGGGUAGUAAAAAGAACAAGAAGUCUCGACAAGGGAAACUCGGUGGUGCCAGUUCUGUAGCGAAAAGAAAAGGUGGAGUCGACGACGAAGCUGAUGUACCUGAUGAAGCCCCAGACAACGAAGAAGUCCCAAACAACGAAGAAGUCCCUGAUGAAGCAAACGGUCAUGGUGGUAUCAAGGAAGAAGCUGGUCGCGAUUUGACUGUCUCCUUCGGAGAAGUAGCGAGGAAUGAUGAUUGUGAGAAUGAUGAAGAUAGUGGGGACGAAUGGUAUUGGGAGCAUGAAAAAGAAGUUCCGGAUCCUCUAUCAUCAGAUGAUGAAAAUGAAGAACAAUCGAUUCCCAGUUUAGCCUACAGAGAAGAUGUGGAUCCAGAGGCAAUGCUUGGGCUGGGAAACACUUUCUCCACUGCUGAAGAAUUCAAGCAUACCCUUCUCAGGUAUACAUUAAAAACCCGACGCAACAUCAAGCUUUACCGGUCCACUGCUUUGAAGUUAGGUGCGAAGUGUGAAGAUGGCUCGUGUCCCUGGAGGGUGUAUUGUUCUUAUGAGAAGAGCAAACAGAAGCUGAUGAUCAAAUGUUAUGUGAAUGAGCACAAGUGUGAGAUAACAGGACACUCAAAGUUUUUGAAGUGUUCUACUAUAGCAAUGUUGUUCGCUGAGAGGCUGAGGUUGAAUCCCAAAAUCACCAAGCAUGAAAUUGCUUCUGAGAUCCAGAGAGAGUAUAGGAUGUUUGUGAGUGUGGAAGCUUGUGGGAAUGCGAAGACAAAAAUUAUGAAAGAAAGAAAAGCAAGCCACGAAGAACACUUCAACAAGAUAUGGGAUUAUCAAGCUGAGAUUUUUCGAACCAACCCUGGCACUACAAUGGAUAUCGAAACCAUCCCUGGACCGACAAAGGAGACUUGGAAGACUUCUUGUAGACCAAUAAUGGGUUUAGAUGGAGCUUUUCUAAAGUGGGACAUAAAUGGUCAUCUCUUGGCUGCUGUAGGACGUGAUGGAGACAAUCGGAUUGUUCCGAUUGCAUGGGCAGUAGUAGAAGUGGAGAAUGGCACGAAUUGGGACUGGUUUGUGAGACACCUCGCAAAUGACUUGGGCUUAAAGGAUGGCAAAGGCUAUGCUAUAUUGUCUGACAAACAAAAGGGUUUAGUGAAAGCAGUCCACACCAUUCUUCCAGAGGUUGAGCAUAGACAGUGUUGUAGACACAUUUUCGAUAAUUGGAAGAAGAGCAGCCAUGACAUGCAGCUACAAAGACUCUUCUGGCGAAUAGCAAGGAGUUAUACAAUUGAAGAUUAUAAAAUGUGGAGUGAGAGGCUGAAAGAGUACAAUCCAGGCGCCUAUGCUACUCUUCAAGUCACCAAACCAGAAACUUGGUCCAGAGCAUAUUUCAAAUUAGGGACCUUGUGCAACGAUAAUCUCAAUAACCUAAGUGAGUCCUUCAACAGAACCAUCCGUGAAGCAUGA